AUGAAAGCUCGUAAGUUUCGGCAUAUUUUGCAGUGUGUUCAUGCUCGCUUUACAGGCACUUCCCCAGCCCUCUUCCUGCUUGCUCUGCUCACCAUCCCUACUUUGCUCGUCGGUCUGCCACAAAAUGAACCGAGUGAGUUUGACGUCUCUGUGAACAAUGUUGGGUCUUGGCUUCUUGAUGGGGCCAGGCGUUCUCCCUUCGAAUCUCACUCGCAUUGAGUGCGCUUUUUCCGAAAGUAUAGAUGUUUUUACAUGGAUCGACGCAGAACGGAGGGAAAGACCGGAAAGUUUGUUGGAGUAUAUUUUUUAAACACUUUCCUCGAAAAACAGGCCGAAAAAGGACGUUUCGUAAAAGCAUCGAUACUGUUGGAACCAGCGCACUCCCCCUUUAAAAAGAAUAUGCGCAGAAAAAUGUAUUCGAAACCUUUUUUCUAUCAUUCAAACGCGCUCUAUCGCUAACAUUUCCGCAUUGCCAUUAGCAGAUUAGAGAGUCUUGAAUACUGUGAUUGUUCGAAACAUGGAUAUUACAGAUGGUUCGAAUCUUGGCUCGGUGGCCAAGAAAAUGAGAACGCUUUGGAGGUUAGUUAAUUGGAUCGCACUCGCCCAAGGACUUAAAGUGAAAAACAUCGCACCCGACGCCAUAGCAGGAGAGCUCUUCCACGUUGGAACGAGCAGCGUAGCACUCGAGAAAUUGUCUAGUGAGAAUGUGGGUCAUUUGGAAUUCGAUCUGAAAAAUGUGACCACGGCGAUUGAAAAAGAAUGCGGAGGCGCCGGGGGUUGUUGGGACGGAAACGCCAUGACCACUGGAAUCGAUGCUUUCGAGACUACAUUCCUCGACUUUAAAGACGUUUUGGAAGAAAGAUUGAGUGUACUGGAUGAGUUGGACGAUCUGCAGAAAGCUUACAAUCAGAUGAGUGUUACAAAGAACGAGGCGAUGAAACUGAAAGAGUCCCUCGAACUAUUAGCCAGCUACACAAACGCUACAGAAAAAGAUAUUGGUGAUUUGCUCAAAACCAUCGGCAAAAGAGUGGGCAAAGUGUUGAACGCCGAAGGACAGCUGGAUAAAGCAAAGCAAAUUUUCAAUAGUUUGGAGCCUCAACAGCAUCUCGAUUCAAUUUCGCCGAUCUUCGAGAUGGAACCGUUUUUCAAAGCCGGAUCUGCUCAGCAGAAGACAAUUAGGCAGAUGAAUGCGGAUUUGAAAAGCUUUUCGACGAAAUCGAAAAAUCUGAAAAAAGCUUUGGCGACGGAUAGAAUUUCCCAGACUCUGAAUAAGUUGAAGCUGGUGGCCCAAAUCAAAGCUCAGCCUGCGCCUCAAGUUGCCGGAAAGCGGUUGACGAGUGGAUUUUUCAACGGGUACAUUGAUUUUGAGAGAGUUCCCACCACGGUCAAUUCGGCUUUCAUCAGGCCAAUGUGGCCAAUAGUGGCCAUAGUGGCCAAUGGAGGAAGCACCGACAAGCUCAACGUUCUCGUAGCACCUCUGUUCAGUUUGAUCAGCAGACUGAAACCGAUUCAGACCAGUUUGAACUCCGUGAAACUUGACGACGGCGUAGGCAGGAGCGCCGAUAUUGUCCAGGAACUGUUAAAGGACGUCUCAGCUUCUCUCGAUAACAUUGGUCUUCUCGAACCUUUCAAACUGUGUGUUGAGAUGGUCGAUUGGAACAAGAGUGUCAACUUUGACGAGUGGAAUAGCAUCAAAGGCUUUCUGGAAAGUUUUGAAGAGAAAUCGAACGAAUUCAACGACAAGUACAUUUCCAAGAAAAGUUUCGGGAUAUUCACAAAACUCAAAAGCUUCAAAAGAUUGCUCACUGGCAAGAAUAAAACGGCAGUUCUGGAGAACCUUAAAAACAACACGGAGACUCGGACUUUAAUCACUGAACUGCCCACGUUUGGAAAUGAAAUUGAAGCAUUACGGUCAGAAAUUUUGCCAGAAACUAUGCCGAGCUCGGUACUCACAACGACCACAAAAUCGAUCAGUGAAAUGAAACUUGACAAGGCAGUCGACUGCUUGAGUUUAGAAAAGUAUAAGCAAGCUAAAUCAGCAGUAGCUCCACCGACAUCCCUUCUCAGUCUGCAGUCCAACAACGCUGAUAUUCAAGCGGUUUCGAAAGCCGCAAAUGAUCUGAAAGCUCCGAUCAACGAGUGGAACACAUUCAAAGACGGCAAGAUCGUCGCCAAACGAGCCGUGGCACAGGCGAUCCCUCUGGAUAACGCUCUCAAGGUCUCUCAGAAGCUCGCCGAUGGUGUCUUAGUGCUUAUUAAUCUGGCAAAAGCGUACGACGCGAGAAACGAAAUUGACGAUUUGAUGAAAGUGGAGACGUCGAUCGACUCGGAAGUUGGCGCGUUGACGGAUGCGACCAUGAAGAAAAAUGCCGAAAGUGUGUGGAAUGUCAAGUCAAAGGCAGCGCUCAAGCUGUUUCGCGCCAAGUUGAAGGUUCUGAACACUGAGGUUCCGACCGAUCAGGAGAAGAUCACCGACUUCCAAAAGGUCGGCUUGAUGUUUAUUUGCAGAAAGUUGAAUUUAUGUUUUUUCAGGUACUCGAUAAAGUUAAUGGAUUUGAGUUUCCGACAGACGCCAAAUCAAUCGGCAGCAGCUUGAACUUUGUCACGCACCCAGCUACAAUCAAAGAUGCUCUCAACAAGGUCGGAGCUCUCAGCCUCGAGUUCACGGGAGCGAAGAGCAGCCUCUCGUCCACUUCUGCAGUUCUGAAGGACCUCGAGGCUUACUUUGACUCGCUGUUCGACAUUAAAAGAGCCUCCACCUCUUCGUCUUCAUCUAUAGGAAACUGCACUGCAACCGAAAGCAUUUUUGCAUAUGCAUGCGGAACAUUCAAAUAUUAUUGGAUUGGAGUAAUGUGAGUAUUUUCCUUCUUUUUUAAAAGUUUUCUUUUAUUCUACAGAGUGGGCAUCUUGUCACUUCUUGCUAUUAUUAUCGGAGGCGUGUUUUUCUGGAAAAAAAAACUAAAAAAAAACAAGGACAAAGUCACCGCUGUCACCGCAACGGACCUCGAGGGCCAUGCAGAGUAUUUCAACACUGGCGUUACUGUGAGAUGAAUUGCUUGCGACAUGCAUUUUCAAACGGAUUCUUUUUCAGCAAGGUUCGGAAGUGUCCUGCCGCACUUCUCGCUCUGUCGGCGGUAGUGAAACGAUGGAUGUUGAAGGUCAGCAACCAAAGCUGGACGAUUGGAGUUGGCGCAUUGCAUUGCAAAACGUUCACCGUAGUAUUAUGCAACAUUUCCGUUUCAACAGAAGAAAGAAGGUGAGUUUAAAGCGUUUAUUUAACUUUCGGGCCCGACCGGGUCGGGCCUUUCUAGCAAGAUUUUCGAAAUCUUGCAAAUCUGCUUUUAAUGAAAAGUAAAUUCUCAAAUUUUUAGAUGACAAAGCGCCAGCUCGCGUACAACAUCCAGUGCAUGGACUCGGCGUUUAAAAGGGUAAGUAUACAAGCGACCAGCCUCUCUUGACAAAUUUUUCUUUUCCUCGCAGCAAGUUGAAGCGACAAUAAUACUCCAGGCGACGAAACAGGUAGUGGUGAGUCAACCCAAUUUCCACAAUUUUGAAUAGGAUAACUUGUUUUUCAGUGGGAGAGUGGACAGAAGUUCGAGAUAUUGUUGGAAGAGCUCGAGCAAGCCGUAUUUUUAGAGCGGAAAACCGGAUAAACAUACAGUAUUUCAGAUUAACGAAGAGGCGGAUGAGCAGCCAGCAGAAAGACGGGAAGAGGCUGGUGACGAUGAGAACACUGCGAUCAAGAAGCUUGAGCAGUUCUUGGAUGCGAACGGAGAGUUGGACUACCGAAGUCUUACGGAAGACGUUCUGUCGAUUGCGAAUUUUCACAAAAAAGGGUACUGUCACGAGAGACUAAAUGCCGACGAAAACGAAAAAGUGAGAAAAAUUGAUUGGAACCCCGGACGAGACGAUUUUUAGAACGCGUACGACAUCAAGAUCUAUAUGACGGUCUUCAAAGCCGCCAACAAGGUGCUCGAAAAAGAAAAGGCAGUGGUUCAAACCACUGGAAUGCAUUCUAUAAACGUGUUGGGAGACAUUCAUGGACAGUUCAAAGAUCUUGUCAGAAUGUUGACAUUUUCUAAAAUUCAAAAAAGAUUGUAAAUUUGCCCUUUCUCGAACACGUUUUUAGUUAAGAAAAAUCCUUGUUUAGUGUUCUGACUGGCGAUUACGUGGAUCGCGGGCCACGCAACUUCGACACUGUUCUCCUUCUGUGCCUGCUGAAAAUUAUGUUUCCGAACCGGCUCAUCAUUCUCCGCGGUAACCACGAGUUCAAGAGCAUCAACAGUUGUUAUGGGUUCUUGGUGAGACACUUUCGUGACUGUUGCAUUUAACGGAAAUUGUUUGCAGGCUGAGUGCGUCUACAACUACGGACAGAAGACGGGAAAGCAGUUGCACAGUCUGGUCAACGAGAUGUUUCUGGAAAUGCCGCUGGCCUGCAUUGUCGAUAACAAGAUUUGGCUGUCCCAUGGCGGAGUUCCGUACACCUUCAUGAAUGGGCCAUCUGCGCUGAAAGAUGUGAAUAGCGAAUAAUGAAGUGGCUGAACAAUUUGUCUGUGUUCAGGUUAAGAAGCGACCAGUUACCGACUAUGAGAAGACAAUUCAAAUGAUCAUUCUUUGGAGUGACCCGGUCACUGCUUACAAUAUUAAAGAUGGUUUUUUGUGAGUGAACCCCCCCCCACUCGCACACAACAAACAUGUGCACUAUUUUCAGCGGUCCUGUUUUCACCGAAUCCAAACGUAAGACAGGCGUCCAGAACUUUAACGCGGCCGCUCUCUUUAUGAUAAUGAGUGCGAUGGGAUGGGAACUUGUGGUUCGGGCACAUCAGGUCAAACUCAACGGCUUUGAAUUUUUUGCCGGACGCCGCCUGGUCACGCUCUUUUCGGCUCCUGGGUGCUCGGAUAUGGUACGCUUGUCGUCAGUUGGUCUUGUAUUCAAUUAAGAAAUUUCCAGAACAAAGCCGCUAUGAUGCACAUCUCGGAGACACUGAGCAUCUCGUUUACUCGGUUCACAACUAGCGAUGAGACAGAAAUGCCCGACUUAAUGACCAUUGAAGAAGCACUUUCUUGCGGAGAAUGA